CCAAUCGGCAUUAUCUCAAUUUCUAUCGAUUGAGGUCUCGGGUUCGAAACUUUUCGACUCCCCUUUUUCGCAAAUUUCGUCCUUUUUUCUCGUCGUCUUCUCCCGCCGGGAAAUUCACCGUCAUGAAUCAGGAGCAGCCAUCUCCAGUUCGCAGGAAGGUUAAAUUCAUCCCCAAGGGUAGAAAGCCAAAAGCCACCGUCCCUAAAUCUGAGGUGAAUUAUAAUGAUAACCAGGAAGAUGAAGUAGCCCAGGCUCAGAAGCUUAUGACCAAAUUCAGGGAUAAUCUCACAAGACAGGUUCCAAAAGUUGAGAAACAAUCUUCAGUGCAAGUUGCAUUUGGGCCAGGUGCUACAUCAUCAUCUAUAAGAACAUAUGGUGUUCCUGGGGGUGAGAAUGCUGGUAGAUGCAGUAGGUCACAGAUAAAAGACUCUAUUGAUGAUGAUGGGAAAAUCAUCAGCUCUUCACUUUCGACUGUCAAAGAAGAUCGGACCAUUGAUUCUCUUCCAGAUGCCGCUGAUGCAUUACCCCUAAAAACCAAAAAGGCUUUCAGAGAACCUUGGGAUUACGACCAUACCUACUAUCCUACAACUCUUCCUUUAAGAAGGCCGCACUCAGGUGACCCAGAAAUUCUUGAUGAGGCUGAGUUUGGGGAUGCCGCAAGGAAAUUGGUGUAUGAUGAGAAAACCAUUAAUCCUGCUUCAGAUCUUGGACUAUUGGAGGAAUGUGAUAAGGAAAAGAUGUUAUUCUUUCAACUUCCUGCCAAGCUGCCCCAUUUCAAGCGAUCAGCUACUGUAAAGGGGAAAGAAAAAGCUGAAGACGCAACUCCAUCACAAGGCAAGGGUGUUUCAAAGAAGGAAAGCAAUUUGGAAGAGUUACCAGGGGGAUACAUGGGAAAAAUGCUAGUUUACAGGAGCGGAGCUGUCAAGCUGAAGCUAGGUGAUACACUGUACGAUGUUUCACCAGGAGAAGAUUGCAAAUUUGCUCAAGAUGUUAUGGCCAUAAAAAAUGCAGCCAAACACUGCUGCGCUAUUGGAGAACUUGGGAAACGCGCUGUUGUAACUCCUGAUGUUGAUUCUCUCCUGAAUUCUGUGAUCAACUUGAGCUAAAUGCACAUCAAUAGAUUCAGUAGGUUAACACUUGAAAAUGUCCAUAGAGAGAAACACAGCAGUACAAUGAGUAUAUAAAUUAGUAGAAUUACAGAAGUGUUGACUAGAUUGCUGGUGAAGUUGCUUGGGGUAUUUGCAGGAUGUCAUUCUUGAGCUACAUUCUCAAGUACAUAGAAAAAUAUUGUCAUCACAGAGCAUAGUGCCUACUAUCCGUUCUUCCCCAA